AUGCUGUUGGCCACUGUAAAGGAAGAGAUUGAAAAACAAAAUGAUAAACAAACCCAAACCAUAACCGAGACUAUAAGCAAAACUAUUGAAGAGCAACUGUUACCAAUAAAAAAGGAAAACGAAGCUAUGAAGUCUGAGAUUUUGCUACUAAGAUUGAAAGUAAAAUAUCUGGAACUUGAAACGAGGAAAAAUAAUGUCUUACUGCACGGGGUUGAAGAAACUGAAAAUAACAAUCUAGAAUUAAUGAGUACUGUAAUAGAACUAUUCAACGUUCCCUGCACAACAGAACAAGCGGAGGAAGAGAAACACGACUGGGAUAAAUGGGAACUUAGCAGCAUAUACAGAGUUGGGAAAAUGACAGAAGGCAAGAUAAGACCUAUAAAAAUUUCAUGUACCCUAACAUGGAGAAGAAACGAAAUCUUGAAAAAGAAGAAAAACGGAAAAAAAGACUCUUAUCCCAAAAAUGAAGGAAGCCAGAGCAUCUGGAAAGUAUGCAACAAUAAGGAAUGGCAAACUAAUUAUACGAGACAAAAUGGAACCUGA